CGGGUCAGCGUAGCAGCAUGGCGGCCCGCGUAGCUGUUAGCUUGUUGGGAGCUGGUCCUGCAGCUGCCCGCCGAGGGACGCUGUUCCCCUGCCGGAGGUGGUCUGGCGCCCCAGCAGAUAUCGUGUACGAUGUGGUGGUUUCAGGUGGAGGCCUGGUGGGCGCCGCCAUGGCCUGUGCUUUGGGGCAUGAUAUUCACUUCCAUGACAAGAAAAUCCUGUUGCUCGAAGCAGGUCCAAAGAAAGUGCUGGAGAGAUUGCCAGAGACAUACAGCAAUAGGGUCAGCUCCAUUUCCCCUGGCUCUGCAACCCUUCUCAGUAGUUUUGGAGCCUGGGACCAUAUCAGCAGCAUGAGACACAGAGCCUUCCGGCGAAUGCAGGUGUGGGAUGGCUGCUCCGAGGCCCUGAUAAUGUUUGAUAAGGAUGAUUUAGGGGACAUGGGCUAUAUCGUGGAGAACGAUGUCAUCAUGCAUGCUCUGAAUAAGCAGCUAGAGGCUGUGUCUGAACGCGUGACAGUUCUCUACAGAAGCAAAGCAGUUGGCUAUACGUGGCCCUCUCCAUUUCCCACGGUGGACUCCAGCCCUUGGGUUCAGAUUACCCUAGGUGAUGGUAGCACCCUCCAGACCAAAUUGUUGAUUGGUGCAGACGGUCACAACUCAGGAGUCAGACAGGCAGCCGGAAUCCAGAAUGUCAGCUGGAACUAUGACCAGUCGGCUGUUGUGGCGACUUUGCAUUUAUCAGAGGCCACAGAAAACAAUGUUGCUUGGCAGAGAUUUCUUCCCUCUGGGCCCAUUGCUCUGCUCCCGCUUUCCGACACCUUAAGUUCCCUGGUUUGGUCUACAUCCCACGAACAUGCCGCAGAGCUGGUCAGCAUGGAUGAAGAACAGUUUGUGGAUGCUAUCAACUCUGCCUUUUGGAGUGAUGUUAACCACACGGACUUCAUUGACUCGGCUGGCGCCAUGUUGCAACAUGCUGUUUCCCUUCUGAGGCCCACGAAAGUCUCAGCUCGCCAGUUGCCCCCGAGUGUAGCCAAGGUGGAUGCCAGAAGCCGGGUACUGUUUCCUCUUGGGCUGGGACAUGCUGCCGAGUACGUCCGGCCUCGGCUGGCGCUCAUUGGGGAUGCGGCUCACAGAGUCCAUCCCCUUGCAGGACAAGGUGUCAACAUGGGCUUUGGGGAUAUCGCUAGCUUGGUCCACUACCUCAGCACUGCAGCCUUCAAUGGGAAGGAUUUAGGCUGCAUCAGUCACCUGACAGCUUAUGAAACAGACAGACAGCGCCACAACACUGCUCUUCUGGCUGCCACAGACCUACUCAAGAGGCUGUAUUCCACCAGGGCCACGCCACUUGUGCUGCUGAGGACAUGGGGCUUGCAGGCCACCAAUGCAUUGUCUCCACUCAAAGAACAGAUUAUGGCCUUCGCAAGCAAGUGA